ACUAGUGGUCUGGAUUCUGUGGCAGAUUAUGUAAUCUGCAAAGCAGUCUUCCACAAAAACUGUAGUCCAAAAAGCAGAAUGUCCAUGAAUGAGCAGUUAUGCCAUCUACUGCAAAGUAUGAGUGGAAAUGCGGAAUGUAUGAGUUAAAGUUCUCACAUGCAAUGCUGUCACACAAUGUCUCUACAAAUUUCUCACUGCACAGUAACUGUUCAGACAUCCUGUAUUAGUCCAUAUUAGUGCAUCUAUUAUUAUAGAAACAAUUUGAAAAAUAAGUGAUGUGAUGCAGUGAUUUUAUUGGUAUAAUUAAUUAUUUUUCUUCUUACAUGAAAAAUAUCAUGGAAAGGAUAUUUAGGAAUUAAGGAUAGAAGAUUUCUGGCCUGUUAAACAAAUUAAAAAUAUUUGAUUGGAAAUUAAAAAGAACAAACAGUAAUUUCUUAAAGCAAUAUGACCCAAAUGAUUAGUUAUUAUUAUUUGUAUAUGAUCACUGCCAGGUUAAUUUACCAAACAAUAUUAUCGGUUAAUUGUAUAUAUAAAUUGUUUCAGAAAAUUUCUACAAAUUUUAGAUUCUCUCUGAAAAAUAAACAGAAUGAAAAUGAAGUUAAACCAUCUCAAAUUAAUGGGAAAACAAAUUGGAAAGAGAAAACUUUAAAUUCAGAAAUUUUGAGAUUGAAAGAUAUAAUAAACAAAUUACAAGAAGGAAAUAAAAAACUUAUGAAUCAACUGAAAGAAAAAGACCAAGAAAUAAAGAGCUUGCGUCUUCAACUGGCAAAAGCGCCGGGAAGAAAUUUACUAAACAGAUUACAAACCAAAAAUGAAGGUGAGGUGAAAUCAACACGCGACACUGUCAGGAAUAGACCUCAGAAUAUUUCUAAUAUUAAGCUUGAAAAAAUUAGGCCAGUUGUAACUAAUAACCUUAAAGGUAAAUAAAUAAUUGAAAAAAAAAAAUAAUAAUAAUUUUUAUAAAAAUUAGUUUUAGCCUUUCGGACAAAAAUUUUAAUAAGUAUAUUUAGUUUUUAUUAAAUAUUUACUCUAAAAAAAAGCAAAAGAUGUUUAUCUUUACAAACAGUACAAAUUCUAUUUGUAAUAUAUUUUUACUUAAUAACUGUACAUGCGUGUAAAUUGAUAUUUUAAUAUAUUGAAGUAUUUUUAUCUCAAAGUUGUACUAAUCAGAUAUUUUAAAAACCAUCUAACUUAAUUAUAACAUACAACAAUUAUAAUUUUUAAUGGAAACUAAGGUAAAAAAUGAUGCAUCUCCAAUGAAUAUCCUUACAUAAUUUAAGUUUGUAUAGCUUACUAAUUGAAGUGACUGAUUAUCAGUAUUUCUGAAAUAUUUCAGACAUUACUUCUAAGGAUAAAUAUAAUAAUGCAUCAGUCUGAUUCCCUAUAGUUAUAUACAGUAUAUGUUAUAUAUACAGUGUGUCUCCCUCAAUUUCCCUAGUUUAAACUGUUUUGUAAAAUCCAUUUGUUCAUAUAUGUGAAUAAAAUGUGUUAGAGAAUGGGUCAAUACUCCAAAUUUCACAUGCAUAUACUUGAAUGGGUUGCUGCUGCUUAGUCUAGAUUAUGGGGCCUUAUUUCUUGGUCCACCCGAUCACAUGACAUCAUCUUUGAAGUUUUUUCUUUAUGGGCAUGUCAAGGAUCUUGUGUAUGCUACAAAAGUGCUAGACAUGAGAGCACCACAUACAAAGAU